AUGAAGAUCUCUGCCAUUACGUUGCCCGUACUCCUGAUAGCCGCUCUGGUGGCGCCUAAUGAGGCCACCUUUGGCAAACUGGGACUGGUGAUUGGCGGCGCUGGAGGUGGCGGCUAUGGUGCUGCCUAUCCCUAUGCCGCUUCCGGUGUCGGCUACGGCGGUGGCUAUGGCGGCGGCUACGGUGGCGGCUACGGCGGCGGCUACGGCGGUGGCUACGGCGGUGGCUAUAACUAUGGCGGCGAUAAUGUGGUUAAGGUCAUCAAGGUAUCGGUGCUGCCAGGUGGUGGCUAUGGGGGCGGCUAUGGAGGCGGCUAUGGAGGCGGCUAUGGCAGUGGUGGACUUGUUGGCGCUGUGCCAGCCAUUUCCACAUCGGCUGUGGUCACACCCGUUGUCACAUCUGUGGCCUCAACGCCAGUCAUUGCCGGCGGUGCUGGGUAUUUGGGCGGCAUUGGUGGUGGCAUUGGAGGUGGCAUUGGAGGUGGCAUUGGAGGUGGUUACGGUGGCUUUGGUGGCUACACUGGCGGUGCACCAUUACCUGUAUCGUAUGGCUUUGGCUCCGGCUAUGGUGCCGGCGGUGGCUUUGGACUUGGUUUUGGUGCGCCAGCCGCCUUGGGCGGCGGCGGUUGGUGCUAGGCAGCGAUGACUGUGACGGAUGAAAGCGAUUUGUUUCUAUAUUCGUAACAUCUAAUUUUUUUUUUGUAACUAUAAAUAUACGAAAUGAAAUAA